AUGACAUCGGCAGCGCGGUUAUUGUCCCUGUCUCACGCUCGUUCAUUUGUCCGGUUUUGCUGCUCAAAUAUGCACGUCUUAACUCUCCCAGCCCUGUCCGACAAUUACAUGUAUUUACUUAUUGAUGAAAAAUCGAUGCAAUGUGCAGUUGUUGACCCGGUGGAUCCGUCUUCCGUUUUGACGGAAGUCAACAAGCGAGGACUAAAGUUGUCCAGUGUUCUUACUACGCACCAUCAUUGGGAUCACGCAGGAGGCAAUUCAAAGCUAAUAAAAGCCCUCCAAUCUCCAAUUCCCGUUUAUGGUGGUAGUGGUCGUGUCGAAGCGGUCACCAAGCAAGUGGAACAUGGUGAUACCAUUACCGUGGGCACCGGUAUCAAGGUUACCUGCCUAAAGACACCGUGUCAUACGAAAGAUCACAUCUGCUACUAUGCCUGUGAAGAUGGCCAGUCUGAUGGCUGUGUCUUCACCGGAGAUACGCUUUUUCUUGGCGGGUGUGGAAGAUUCUUUGAGGGAAACGCUGAGCAGAUGUACCAUGCUUUGCUUGAAGUCAUCGGUAAGCUCCCUGCCUCGACAAAGGUGUACUGCGGUCACGAAUACACCGUGAAAAAUCUCGAUUUCGCCAAAACCGUUGAUCCAGACAACGUCGCUCUUUUGGACAGAAUAAACGUUUGUGCGAAACUGCGUUCAGAUGGGCAGCCAACAGUGCCGGGGACAGUUGCGGAAGAACUUGCAACAAACCCCUUCAUGCGUGUCACUGAUGAAGCCUUACAGGCUCGUGUCGGAGCGUCAGGUGCUAUCGAUGCAAUGGCUAUUAUUCGUAGGAAGAAGGACGCUUUCUAA